UGUAUUGUGGCAUUUGUUUCCGUCGGACUGUUUUUGUAGAGCACGAUAGCAGUGCUGCGGCGGCUUUUUUGACUUUACGGUGCUGUCGAGCUGAUGAAAAAUGUUGACAGUUCGUAAUCCAAACAAUUCUUCAAAAGGUGACAGGUGUUUUUAUUUCGUUUCCUUUGAUACUCAUCGUUAAAUGUAGUUUAUGAACUUAUAUAAAGAAACAAACUGAUGUCAUGCUAAAUCAAAUUCACGGGUUUGACACUUUUACAAUAUGAGCACCACGGGACCUCUUCUGAAGAAGAAAAGCUACAUGGGACAACACCAGAUCAAGAAGAAAAAAAGCUUCCGAGCUCCUGAUGAUCCACCAGACAGAGACAGACCGCAGCGUGAAAAAGCUAAUCUAUCCAGGAAAACUAACAGAUCAGUCGAUAUGGGUGGAGGACCUGUUUUUCCACUGGGAGAGUCCACUUUAGCCCUCGAUGAAGAGAUGCUGCUGGUGCUAGACUCUGUAGACCCUGCAAAGCCUGCGGCUUGUCCAGUAGCAGUUGGCAGGGAUGAACAGAAAGAGCCAGAAUCAUCAUCCGUCUCCGCCCUGCCACGGCCUCUUGCAUCAGUUUCACACAAUACAAGGAAGAGUGAUGAAGAACUGCAGCCCACAGGUUCUCACAGAGGCCGCAGUAAUCAGGAGGUAGUCUGCAGUCACAGUAGUGAUGGCAAAAGACCAGGAUGGAGAAAUGACUGCAAAGAUCUUGCUCAGAGGCUUCUCUUCAGUGAGGAUCAAGAAACAAAAAACGACCAGCAGCAUGGCUUCUCCUUCAAGCAUAAUGUUACAACCAACUCUUCUCGUAGCAAAUGUGGGACUAACACGAAUGCCAAUCCAUCUCUGGAUGUAUCCAGGGACUAUAUCUUGUUCAGCCCUACCCGCCUCGCAGCGGCCAUGAAGAAGGCCAAACUCCAGCAGACGAUGCAGAACCAGUCUGCCUCUGUGCUCACAGUUCCCAGUGGGCUAGACCUCAGUGGUUUGAAUGACACCGUACAUCAGCCAGGCAUUGCCCUGCAUGCUCCUGCAGGACAAGCUGAGAAGUUGCUGCUCUCUAGCUGGGGUUUACCAAAGCCUGUCCUUGAGCGAUAUGGGAAACAUGGAGUGACCCACAUGUUUGAAUGGCAGGCUCAGUGCCUCACUGUGGGAGAGGUGCUUCAGGGAGGGAACCUGGUAUACUCUGCCCCGACUAGUGCUGGAAAAACUCUGGUGUCAGAGCUGCUGAUGCUGAAGCGUGUGCUAGAGACAAAACGAAAAGCUCUGUUCAUUCUGCCGUUUGUCUCUGUGGCCAAAGAGAAGAUGCACUACCUUCAGAGUGUGUUUGAAGAGGCAGGAGUCUGUGUGGAGGGAUACAUGGGCAGCACCUCAGCUGCAGGAGGAUUCAAAGCUCUGGAUGUGGCUGUUUGCACCAUAGAAAAGGCUAAUUCUCUCAUUAACAGGCUCAUUGAAGAGGACAGCAUGGGUCUACUAGGUAACGUACCAGUUAUAAGUUUACAUAUGGUAGGAGACUCUGGAAGGGGAUACCUACUGGAGCUGCUCUUAACCAAGAUCCGCUUUAUUGCAAAGAAGCAGAACAUCACCGGGUCUCUUUCUGAGGGUGUUCAGAUCAUAGGUAUGAGCGCCACCCUGCCCAACCUGUCCCUCCUGGCCAGCUGGUUAGGUGCAGAGCUUUACCAGACAGACUACAGACCUGUACCCCUUCAGGAGCACCUCAAGGUGGGCUGCAAAAUCUAUGACAAGAGCCUCUCGGUGGUCCGGACGUUCACCCCUGCACUCCAAAUUAAGGGUGAUGAUGACCACAUAGUGAGCCUGUGCUAUGAGACAGUGAGAGAGAGACGCUCUGUGCUGCUGUUCUGCCCCUCUAAGAACUGGUGUGAGAAAUUGGCCGACAGCAUUGCAAGAGAGUUCUACAACCUCAGACACAUCGAUCCUCAGGGUGAAGCAGAGCCAACAGUGAGUCUGGACCAGGAGGGACUGGUGGACGUUAUUGCCCAGUUGAGACGAACUCCAGCUGGUUUAGACCCCAUCCUCCAGCGAACUGUGCCAUGGGGAGUGGCCUUCCAUCAUGCUGGUUUGACAUUUGAUGAGCGAGAUAUCUUGGAGGGAGCCUUUCGUCAGGGCAUGGUCAGAGUCCUGGCUGCCACCUCUACCCUCUCGUCAGGGGUUAAUCUCCCAGCCCGCAGGGUCAUCAUUCGAACUCCGACCUUCAACGGACACCUGUUGGACCCACUCACAUACAAACAGAUGGCUGGACGAGCAGGAAGAAAGGGAGUGGACACCAUAGGUGAGAGUGUGUUAGUGUGUAAGGAGGCAGAGCGGCAGAAAGGUGUCAGUCUCCUGAUAGGUUCACUUCAGCCAAUCAAAAGUUGCUUGGUGAGAAGAGAGGGAGACGGUGUCACCACCAGCAUGCUGAGAGCUAUUCUAGAGAUUAUUGUUGGGGGUGUCGCCAGCACUCCACAGGAUGUGAGGUUGUACGCUUCCUGCUCUCUUCUGGCUGCCAGCAUGAAAUGUGACGGCAAGAACGAAUCAAAUGAAGGAACCGACAAAGGAGCUAUUGAGGCUUGUGUGGAAUGGCUGAUGGAAAAUGAAUUUAUCAAUAUCCAGAAAGAGGAACAAGAAGAGUGGUAUUGUCCAACCCAGCUGGGUGCUGCCACCCUUUCAUCGUCCCUCUCCCCUCCCGAAGCUCUGGGAAUAUUUGCAGACCUCCAGCGAGCCAUGAAGGGCUUUGUCCUGGAAAAUGACUUACACAUUCUGUACCUGAUCACGCCGCUGUACGCAGAGUGGACCACCAUAGACUGGUACCAGUUCUUCUGUCUGUGGGAACAGUUGUCAUCAUCCAUGAAGAGGGUGGCAGAGCUGGUGGGCAUCCAAGAGGGUUUUCUCGCACGGUCUGUUGGCGGCAAACUGGUUGCCAAGACUGAGAAGCAGCGGCGACAGAUGGCUAUUCAUAAGAGGUUUUUCACCACCCUCGUGCUCCAGGAUCUGGUUAAUGAGGUUCCUUUGGCAACAGUGGCAUCCAAAUACAACUGCAAUCGUGGGCAGCUGCAAUCUCUCCAGCAGUCUGCGUCUACAUAUGCAGGUAUGGUAACAGUGUUCUGCAAGCGCCUUGGCUGGCACAACAUGGAGCUGCUGUUGUCUCAGUACCAGACCAGGCUGAGCUUUGGAGUCCAAAGGGAGCUGGUUGACCUUGUCAGAGUUUCUCUCCUGAAUGCAACAAGAGCCAGAACUCUGUACGCUCAAGGCCUGUGCACUGUAGCAGAACUAGCCAGAGCUACUGUAGAUGAUGUGGAGAAAGCCUUGAGGAAUGCUGUGCCUUUUAAGAGCUCUAAGCGAGCAGUGGAUGAGAGCGAGAUGGAGGCAGCUGAGAGACGGAGCCUCCGCUGCGUCUGGGUCACUGGCGGUCGAGCCCUGACGGAGCAGGAAGCAGCUGUUGAGAUAGUGUCUGAGGCACGACUCCUCCUACAGGAAGACCUGGCACAGUUGGGGAUCCAGUGGGACCCGGCAACACUUCCUCCAGAGCCUCCUGCUGUGAACAGCUCACAGGAUGGACACAGCGGGCACUCAGACACAUCGUCUGCAUCCAAUAUCAGCUCCCAUGAUGCACAUAUAGGUGACAGGGGUGAUCACCAAGUAGAAGAAAGGGCAAAAACAAGCGAGUGCAGAGAUGUUGACAGUAAUGAGGAGGAGAGGAAGGGGGGAUAUGAAUGUGAGGAAAGGAUGUCUGAGAGUCAAAAAGAAGAAGCAAAAAGAGAAGACAAAAGAGAGGAGGGGAAGUCCAAGCCUGAAGAGCAGGUAGAAAAUGGAAAAUUGGGCAAGUACAGACAGGAAGACAGGAAAGGGGCAGAAAACAAACAAACAGGCAGUAAAGCACAAGUUGAAAGAAGUAAAGCAUCAGAGAAAGAUGAGAAAAAUGAACACAUAUUGGUAGCAAAUAAUACAGAGGAUCCAGAUGCAAAAGCAGAAAAACAAAAGCACACAGGAUGCAAAACAGCAGAGCCAAAAGAAAAGGGUCCAAAUGAAGAGAUCAACUCAACCUGUCAAGAGACACACCAAAGAAAUCGCCUAGUUCCUGAAAGAAGCCUGACUCAGGAACUGGCUGAGAUUUUAUCCAGCCCUCUACCUCAACCAUCACUACUUCCUCAGCCCCCUCAUUCCCCAAUGCAUCCACCUCGAUUUAGAGCUCCAGUGUCCCGCGCAGAAGAACAACACAAGGUGGUGUCAAAAGAACACAUAACGAGGAUCACUGUAUCACCUGUACAGCCAGGCAGACUGAAACACUCAAGAGCUCUAAGCAAAGUGCUCCACUCGAUACAGACCGACAAAGGCCCACAAGAUACUGUAGAGGCUGCACAGACAUCCCAUUCAACGCCCACUGUAUGCCAACAUUUGGAGCCUGCAGGUCAAGUACCUAUGACUGUUCAAGAACCACCCAGAGUUUCUACACCAGCUAACGCAGAUAUGAUAGACUCUCCUCUGUGUACCUCUCCUGCCUCAGUUCCCUUAUUCUCUCCUGAAGCCAAGCGAAGACGGAUAGACAGCACAGAGGUGGAUAAGUUCUCAUCUCCUGAGCUGUACGCAGGAAACGAGAGAGAGGACCAGGCUGAUGGAGAAGUUAAAAAAGGAGAGGACAGUUUUGGAGAAAGUUUCGAAUUGGACACUCAGACAGAAAGAAUCAUUGUUCAGCAGGCAGAGCAACGAAGAAAUGGAAAUGAUAAGAGAAUGAGUCAGGUGGCUGAAACACGAAAGACAAGAGUGGAGGAAACAAUUGAGAAAGCCGUAGAGAUAGAAAUGGAUACAAAUGAUGGGAGGUGUGAAGCUCCUGUAAAUAUAUGUCCCAGAUUUAAUAUUUCUCUCACAGACAGUCAGAUGGAGCUCAUCCUUAACACCAGUCAACAGAUUUCUCCUGGUGAAGCUGCUGAAAAUUUAGCUGAAGAUAACGAAGUUACAGAUGAUAAUCAGGCCCUCAUUGCUGACCAGGCGGCCUCUGAGAGUGUGAAUAGGAGCAGCAGCUUACUCUUUGACAGCCUGUACAGCAGCUCCCUGCUGGCUGAUCUAAGUCCAUCUCAGGUCCUAAACCAAUCAGAAGAGGAGGAGGAGGAGGAAUCAGUUGGUCAGGAGAUCAGAGAUGAGUUCCCUCUUCCAUCAACCCAGGAGCGAAGACGCAGCGAGCUUCUCGCCAAUCAGGAAGCGGAAGAUCAGGAGGCGAUCCAGUGGGGCGAGUCCUCCUUUAACCUGUCAGAGUGGGGCGACUCGCUCUUGGUAGGAGAGCACUUUCUGGAGAGGCAGAGCUUGCACAGACAUAGUCCGAGAGUUCAAAAAGACCAAGACGGAAGUCAACCAAAUGCAGACUGUGUUGUGCAUGAGGGACAGGUGUCAGAACCACAAACUGAACCUAGUCACAUGCAGGCACAGCACAUGUCUACAACUAAAACUACAUCUCAAAAUAAGCAGGGAGAGGUCAAAGCUAGCGAUGAUCAAGGCAGUACAUCCAAAAUCAAACAGCAUAAUAAUGCACAGGAUGGAAGUAAAGCAGACGUCAGAGAAGGAAUGAUACAAAAAGAGGGUGAAAAUGCAGGGCAGGUAGAGAAGAGAGUUAAAGAAGGGGAGGGAACGAGAGUCUUAUCGUCACAUAAUUUAGUUUUAAAACACCCACAGGUCCAGAAUGCACCUGAAAGCACUCUUCAUUGCAGCCCUGGUUUGCAGGAGAUCUUUGACCUUUGGCCUAGCAUGUCUGACCAGCCCUGCAACAACACAACAACAGGCCACAAAGCCAGUAACAUACUGAUACCUGUUGCAAAUACAGCACAUGUGCCUGAGGUGAGUGGAGAAAGGAGAAAGCCAAACAUUCAGGUAGUUGCUGCUGACUGUGAUUCCUUGGAGGAAAAAAACUCCGGACAUGAUAAUGCACAUGCAACAGAGAGAGCAAGCUCUGCUGCUGAUCUCAUACCGCCGACUCAGGAGACACCACCCGUCACUCCCAGAGUCAAACUGACCACCUCAUCUGUCCAAUCACCUCUGAUGGCUCGCCCGCUUAACCAGUCAACCCCCUCAGCAAUCACACAAGGUCUUCAAUCUUGUUCAGGAUACAGAGAUAAUAUGUCAGAAGCUGUUUUGAAUUUUGAACAGCCGAAUAUCAAAUCUAAUGAAAGACACAUACAGGAAAAGAACAUGAAGACUGUACCUGUUUCACACUCCGAUUCAAAGACAAGUCUGUCUCGACAUUCCAACCAACAUCUCAGCCCUCCACCAGUCCCUGCCUCUCCAUCCUCCCCCCAACCAAAGCCUACCUCUGAUGCAGAAUCACCUGGGACCGUUGAAGGCUUUACUCUCCAGCUGUCCCAGGAUGCUUCACUCUGUUCCAGCAACUCCGGCAUCUUCUCCAUUAUAGACGUGGCAAGUGACAGGCAUCUCUUUGAGACUUUCAUCACUGAGUGGAGAACAAAGGAGCGCUUCUCUCUGGCCUUGGCCUGUGAGAAGAGGGAGCACAGAGAACAGCCUGAGGGGGGAAUAGGAGGGAAACACAGGAGAGCGUCAGCAGCCCUUCAGAAACCUGACAAUCUCCAGGGGUUUCCAUUAAGAGACAGUGAUGGACUGGUGCUGAUUGGACUGUCAGUCUGCUGGGGAGCAAGGGAUGCAUACUACAUAUCUUUUCAGCAGGAGCAGAGCAAGGGUUUGAGCGCCAGUCUUGCUCCUCCUCCACUGGAUGAUGAUUUGCCAGUGAGUGAGAGGGUGGCGAAGGUGAAGGGCUGUUUGAGGAGGCCGUCUACACGAGAUGGAGAAGGAGGCGUGACAGUCAUGUAUGACAUAAUCCAGGUGUACAAGAGGCUUGUGCUGAGCUGUGGUAUCAGUUUGGAGGGGAACUGUGAAGACCCCAAGGUUGCUUGCUGGUUGGUUGACCCCGGCAGCGAGGAGAGGACUCUUCCCAACAUGGUGACUGUCUACUGUCCUGAAGAAUUACCUCUGCUGGUCGGCCUCGGGAAUCCUCACUCGCACUGUCCUCGUGUAAGAGCAGCUACUAAGAGUGUGCUCGUACACGCUGUCAUGAACCAUCUCACUGGUCUGCUUAAGAAAGAUGGCAUGUUAGAUGUGUUCAGGAACACUGAGAUGCCUUCUCAGGUGUGUCUGGCCCUGUUGGAACUGAAUGGCGUCGGCUUCAGUGUGGAAGAAUGUGAAAGGCAAAAGCAUGUGAUGCAGGCAAAACUCACAGAGCUGGAGUCUCAGGCUUACAGUCUGGCUGGACACACCUUCUCCCUCACCAGCAUUGAUGACAUCGCUCAGGUGUUGUUUCUGGAGCUCCACCUGCCUCCAAACGGUGACAUUAAUGGAUCAAAGAGUAAAAAAACUCUCGGCUACGCCAGGAGAGGAGCUGGCAGAGUCCGACUUGGGAAGCAGUUCAGCACAACCAAAGAUGUCCUGGAGAAGCUUCGCCAAAUGCAUCCGUUACCAGGCGUGAUUCUGGAGUGGAGGCGGAUCACGAACGCCUUGACCAAAGUGGUGUUCCCCCUGCAGAGAGAGAAGCAGCACCACCCUACGUUGAACAUGAACAGAAUAUACCCCAUCGCCCAGACACACACAGCCACAGGAAGGGUGAGCUUCACUGAACCCAACAUACAGAAUGUCCCAAAAGACUUUGAGAUUCAGCUGCCUACAGAGGUGGGUGAGAGCCCAGCUUCACAGGACAGCUGCCGCAACACCAAACCAGGGAAGAAAAGACGUUCCCUGGUCCAUUCAGCUGCAGCUGGAAAUACAGAACAAGGACCAGCCUUCUCUGUCAGCAUGAGACAUGCCUUUGUACCUUUUCCAGGUGGGAUGAUACUAGCAGCUGAUUAUUCUCAGCUGGAGUUGAGAGUGUUGGCUCACCUCUCCAAGGAUCAGCGCCUCCUGCAGGUGCUGAACGGAGGAGCAGAUGUGUUUCGCUGCAUUGCUGCUGAGUGGAAAAGUGUUGAUCCAGAGUCUGUGAACGACAACCUAAGACAGCAGGCAAAACAGAUUUGCUAUGGCAUUAUCUAUGGGAUGGGAGCCAAGUCUUUGGGGGAGCAAAUGAGAGUGGAGGAAAAUGAUGCAGCCUGCUACAUAGAAAGCUUCAAGGCCAGAUACAAAGGAAUCAAUGCUUUUCUCAGAGAAACCAUAAAGAAAUGUGUAAAGAACGGCUACGUUCAGACUCUGAUGGGCCGCAGGAGAUACUUACCUGGGAUCACCAACACUAAUACACACAUCAAAGCACAUGCAGAGCGCCAGGCAGUGAACACAACUGUUCAGGGAUCAGCAGCAGACAUUGUUAAACUGGCCACAGUGAACAUACAGAGACGACUCAGAAAAACGUAUCCUGCUGCUCCACUCUCUCACCAGCACACACACUCAGCCAGCACUCUGCGCAGGGGUCAACUCAGAGGAGCCUACUUUGUACUGCAGCUGCACGAUGAGCUCAUUUAUGAAACCCCGGAGGAAGACCUCAUACAGGUUGCUCAGAUAGUCAAGAGGGAGAUGGAGACGGCAGUGAAACUUUACGUGAAGCUUAAAGCUAAAGUCAAGGUGGGACCCAGCUGGGGCAACUUGCAGGACGUGGAUAUAUAAUCUGAACAAUCAGACAUAUGGUAUCAGAAUGUAAUACCAUGCACACUGUGUGAGAAUAUUUUAUGAAUGUUAAUAGUAUAAUUUGUAAUAAAUAAAAAUGCCUAUAUUUUUUAACACAUUAACAGUAAUGAUAUGUAAAGCCUGCAGUCUAUGAUUGUGCUAUGAACUCUAAAUAAAUUAUAAAAUGUAUUUAACUUUUGUUUUCUAAAGUACAGUGUCAAAUAUUUAACAUGAAAAAAAGGAAAAGAUAAUUGCAAACAUCCUGAUGAAUGUCAUGAAAUUGUGUAAACUUAAAGCUCCUGUGAGAAAUUUUUUGGUCAUGUCAAUUUUUCACCCUGGCCAAAGCAAGAAAGUUAAUCUCUUUGUUGCUUCUGUCCAGUACAUGUAUAAAAAUAAUUUUCAUACAAUAAAAUAGAGUAUUUUUUCAUUUUAAAUGUCUUACAUGGAACUCAAAUGAAUAUUUAGCUUAGGAAAAUGUAAUAAUGUCUAUGCAGCAUGCUGUUCAUCACCUCAUCUGACACCUACCCUGCAGCAGGUUUUUCAGGAAUUACCAAUAACAUUAAAGUAAUCUCCUGAUUAAAGGUCUCUGUUGGUCAUAGAGAGGCAUUAGUAUUAGUUUUAGUCUGUUUCAUAAUCAGCUAAAAAAAUCUUUACAGUAGCUUUAAUGUUUAUGUUUAUGUGUCUGAUUGUGCUAUAUGUGGCUAUAA